CACUAGCACUCCCCACCCCCACCCUCCUGGCCCCGCCCAGUUCUUUGGAAUGCGGUGAGCGCUCUACGGGACCGUACCAGCUCUGCCGCAGGAGGGGGAGGAAGCGGACCAAGCUAAUAAUCCAAAUCUUUUGUGGACGCAGCGACAUUAGGAUCUUGGAUCCAAUAGCCAAUAUGUCGAGCAAAAGAGCAAAGACCAAGACCACAAAGAAGCGCCCCCAGCGGGCAACUUCCAAUGUGUUUGCUAUGUUUGAUCAGUCACAGAUUCAAGAAUUCAAAGAAGCAUUCAACAUGAUUGAUCAAAACAGAGAUGGCUUCAUUGACAAAGAAGACCUGCAUGAUAUGCUUGCUUCACUGGGAAAGAAUCCAACAGAUGAAUACCUAGAUGCCAUGAUGAAUGAGGCCCCAGGACCAAUAAACUUCACUAUGUUUCUGACAAUGUUUGGAGAGAAACUAAAUGGCACUGAUCCAGAAGAUGUAAUCAGAAAUGCCUUUGCUUGCUUUGAUGAAGAAGCAACAGGUUUCAUUCAGGAAGACUACCUGAGAGAAUUGCUGACGACAAUGGGAGACAGGUUUACAGAUGAAGAAGUAGAUGAGCUGUUCAGAGAGGCACCAAUUGAUAAAAAGGGCAAUUUCAACUACAUUGAGUUCACACGCAUCCUUAAGCAUGGAGCAAAAGACAAAGAUGACUGAAACAGAACUAUUGCUUCUGCAAUUCUCUUUAGAUCUCACUUGCGGUUAUCUGAGGGUUUUUUCCUGGUAGCACCUGUUGCAUGCAUUUAGCUUUUACAGCUUUUGCCUUUGAUGUAUUUAUCUAUACCAGGCCAUUCUGGCACAUCUUGCACCUGUGUAAUCAGGCUGAUAACGAGGAUUGAGAUUAUUUUGUGAGAUUUGGAGGAUAAAAUCAAUGACUCAGAGGGCCCAGGAAAAAAAUCUCAAUGUUUCUGGUCUAGCUGGAUUUUUACAUUUUGUAAUAAUGCCAUUUUGAAAUAAGAUUGCUAUAUCAAUAAAAUACCUCAAAUGCU